AUGUUCACUGCUGUGCCACUCCUCAUUCACGCCUCGUUGUUUGUCUGGGGCUUUGCAGCGGAUCUCACGAGGACUUGGGCUUCAGCUUUGAGGGUCACAGCACACCUCUGGCCUAACUCCCGAGGUUGCCCCGACGGAUGCUGGUCGGGGGUGCGGACCGUCGUGACCGAGUCGGAAGCGGGCUUCUUUGAUAAUUUCUCAACAGAUUUCUCGAUCCAGCCCGGCUUCUUCCUGGGGCAGCUGACCCCGCUCGUGAUCGAGAAGCGCGUGCCCCGAGGUGCCCCGCCGUUGCCCCGCGUCCGUUACGUGCCCGUGGCCGACACGCUCUCGCGGAUACGACCAAGAUACGAGGCUCGGGAACACGAAACUGGCACGCAGAAUGUCUGCAUUCGGCGCGAGCGAGGAAGACGCGAGCUCGCGGCGACGGUGGCAGGAUCAGCAGGUCUGCAACGCCCGGUGGACGCUGCACGCCCGCCCUGGCACGAGGAUGAUUCGAUCUGGGCUGGCGGCCGCGCGACGUCUCAUUCGCCCGCUUCGGUGCGCCUUAUCGGGCGCGACCCUCUCAUAUCCCGCCCUCAUCACCACGGGACCGCGUCCGAGGCGGGUCAAUAA